AGAAGUAUAAAUCCACGAAAAAAGCUCGAUUAAAGUUUAUUUUAAUGUUUAGCGCAUCGUGUAUGAUUCCGAACGCCUUCUUAUAGUAAAGGGUAUGUUGUGCAUAAAUUCUGGCAAGUUUCAUGUAGAUUCGCAGGAGGAGUAGCAUUACAAAGAUCGAGACGGUAUCUCCAUUAUACAUUCACAUUAACGCAGGAAUGCGGAGGCUGACCACAGGUGGCACCACCGCAGAGUUAGCGAAUUUACUGCACGGUUGAACGCACCAGGCGCAUGAAUAUUACAUGUACAUGUAAAGUAGUGCAACCCGUAUAAAUAAGGGCCCGCUGACCAGUGACCACAGCAAGAGACUUCGUCUGCGUUCUGCGACGCGACACCGUUAUCGGAGCUACUUAUUCUGAACCUGUCGGAGCCUAUCGGAGCUGUAUGUCCUGAACACGACAGAGCCUAGCUUACGUGGUCCUGGUUAAGAACGUUUUGCGUUGUCGUCUUCAGCUCGCGACUUAGUUUGUAGAUAAUGAAUCCUCAGGAAGGUGCCCCGGGUCGUGCUCGUGGGCGAGCAAGAGGCCGUGCCAGAGGGAGCACCACCGAGCCAGCUCGCAGACCAGGGGAGCAAGCCGGUGAGCCUAGUGGACCGCCAGCAGCAGCUGCAGCGGCGGCGGCAUCACACGCGGAUGUGCCAACCGUGAGUGGGCGAGCCAGCCACCGUGGCGGGCCACGUGUGGACACCAGACCUGGAGCUGGCGCACCGGAGCGUGAGAUGGCAGGAAUGAGUAUAGGGGGAGCUUCAAACUACCCGAUGUACCAGGAAGUGGAUCUACGUCCGUCUACCAUGCUUAAUAAACAAGGUACCAGUGGCACACCAUGCAGCCUGGUCUCCAAUGUUUUCCCUAUAACGUGUGCCAAAGACUGGGUCUUGUAUCAGUACCAUGUGGAUUUUAAUCCCGAUAUUGAGAAUAAACAGACGAGGUUAGGUAUGGUGUACCGGCAUUCCAGACCAAACGGAGCACUCGGCGAUCCAAUUCUGUUUGAUGGAAUGUGUCUUUACAUGACUAGGAAGAUGGAGACAUUCGACCUGUUCUCGCAAAGGGAUUCGGAUGGCGCAAACAUCCGCAUAACCAUAAAGCCAGUUGCGGAACUCCGCAGGAGUACAGGAGUGUUGGAGGUGGAUGGCCAGCUCAUGACCGUGUUCAAUAACCUCUUCAAGAAGGUGCUGGGAAUUCUUAAACUGACAAAGGUUGGUCAGCAUUACUUCAACCCGGACCUCAAAAUUGAAAAGGCAAAUCACAGGUUGGAAAUCUGGCCAGGGUUCCAAACAGCAAUUAGAUCGUUUGAUGGUGGCAUUAUGCUGCAGUGUGACAUAGCUCACAAGAUCAUGAGAAUAGACUCGGUCCUUGACAUCAUGUAUGAGCUGAACCAGCGGGGGGGCAACAUUCAAGAGGCAUGUGCCCGCAUGAUCAUCGGCGGCAUUGUUCUCACUAGGUACAACAACAAAACUUACACCAUAGAUGAUAUCGAGUGGAACGAAAAUCCCAGCAGUACUUUUCCUAAGAAAGAUGGUACAGCCGUAACCUACAACGAAUACUAUAAAACGACUCAUGACUGUACAAUACAUGAUGCAAAACAACCCUUGUUGAUCUCAAAUGCCACUAAAAAAGAUAGAAGAGCGGGAAGGACCGAGCCCUACAAACUGAUACCGGAGCUUUGCAUUAUGACAGGGCUGAGCGAGGAUGCAAGGAGUAAUUUUCAGCUGAUGAGAGACGUAGCUGAGACAACGCGGGUAAGGCCUGAUGCGCGAGCUCAGAGGCUAGAAGCUUUUCUCACACAAAUCAACAGUCACCCAGAAGUGACCACUAUGAUGCAGCAGUGGGGGCUGAGUUUUAGCGAAAGGUUACAGCCCAUCACAUCCCGUGUACUGGUCGCAGAGACUGUGCAGAUGCGUCGUGGAAAUGGGAAUGAGUUGGUGAAUCUGAAGUACCAGGCGGAGGUCGCGGACUGGGGGGGCGACCUGAAGGACAAGAAGAUGGUCGGCAGUAUCGCACUGCGCAGCUGGGUUAUGGUCGCCACGAAGAGGGACAGUGAGAAGGCGCAAAACGCAGUUCAGAUGCUGAGGAGGGUAGGAGGCCCACUCGGCAUGGCAGUGGAGCAACCAAGGAUGGUAUAUUUGACAGAUGACCGUACGAACACAUUCCUGCAAGCCAUUCGCCAGGAAUUGCGCCCUGAUCUCCAGCUUGUCAUGGCACUCUGCCCGAAUAAUCGCAAGGACAGAUAUGAUGCCAUAAAGAAGUUGCUAUGCUUAGACAAUGCUGUGCCUAGUCAGGUGAUCUUGACGAAGACCCUGGCCAAGAAUGUUAUGUCUGUUAUGACCAAGGUUGCCAUGCAGAUCAACUGCAAGCUUGGUGGUUCUGUCUGGGGUGUUCCCAUUCCACUGAAGUCUGUGAUGUUUAUUGGCUUCGACACCUACCACGACUCCAGCCAGAAGAAUCGCUCGGUCGGCGCGUUUGUCGCCUCGCUGACGCACGACUGCACGCGCUACACGUCGAGUGUCAUGUUCCAGCACAAUCACCAGGAGCUUGUCGACGGCCUACAGACGAGCAUCACAGCCGCACUCAGGGCUUAUAACAGCCACAACGGGGGCCUGCCGGACCGUAUCAUGGUCUUCCGAGACGGAGUGGGCGAAGGGCAGCUGCCCGUCGUGCGAGAACACGAGGUCAAGCAGUUCAUGAGAUGCUUCAAGCAGUUUGGCGACGACUACAACCCAAAGUUCACAUUCACUGUUGUCACUAAGCGUGUGAAUGCACGUUUCAUGAGGAAGGAUAAGCGUAGGGGUAACUUGGAGAACCCCGCGCCAGGAACUGUUAUUGACACUGUAGUCACUAACAUCAACAGGUGGGACUUCUACUUGGUGUGCCAGAGCGUGCGUCAGGGUUCGGUGACGCCGACAGCGUUCAACAUUCUCCACGACACGAGUGGUUUGGCAUCUGAGCACCACCAGCGACUCGCGUAUAAGCUGGCCCAUCUCUACUACAACUGGCCGGGCACCAUUCGCGUCCCAGCUCCUUGCCAGUAUGCUCACAAGCUGGCAUUCCUCGUGGGCCAGAGUCUCCACAGGGACCCGCACCUGGCUCUGGCUGAUAAGCUGUACUACCUGUAGAUAUAUUUACGAUGUAAGAGGCAGUCAGGAUGGUCCUAGAAGUCUUUGGGCGUUAGUAUUAUCAGCGCUUGGUAUCAAUCUUCCCAUGUAUUGCCUUCAGGUUGUAAUAGCGGGAGGAGCUAGUAAGUGAAGUUGUGCCGAAAGGCACUGGAAUUCUGAUUGAAACCAAAUGCCAUAUUCUAAAGUAAUCGAGAUUAUAUAUUUUAGUUCUGAUUUUGUGUUUAGAUAGUUUCCUAAGAGGUAGCUAAAGAAAUUAGCUAAAGAGAAAUCUCAUUUAUACAUAUGCAGGGUGGAAAUUAACGGGUGUCCGGAGUCAAAUAUUCCCCAAUUGUUAAUAUCUUUCAUUUUGAACCCCAGACUGCGGGCUCCCUUAUUUUGCUGCGGACUCCCUCUUUUUGAGGGUAGCGCCGUCUAACGGGCCGGUCAAAAGUUAAUUUCUACCCCUGCAUAUGUGAAUCCUGAUCAUUAGUAACCUUUUAUUAUAGUUAGUAUAAGCAUUUAUGGUAUUUCUGUUUUUAUAGUAUAGAUUAGUGUUGUCGUCUGCCAUUCAAAGGAGAAUUAAGUGAUUAGAGAUUAAGAGUUAGAACAUGACUUGUGCACAGUAUAAUUGUAUUUAGAAAUCCUGUUGUUUAUGCUUGCUAAAACUACUGCACAGAUUAACUAUCCAGUACAUAACAACAAUACUUCCAUUUUAAUUGAAAUUUUUUUGGUGUAAUCUAGGAAUUUAAGUACUUAUACUGUAUACUGUGGCCGCAAAGAGUUCAAAAGAGUAACACUGAGUAAAAAAUUUAGGUGAAAUCCUACACAAGCAUGUUCUAACGUUAGCAUGUAUUGCGUGCAGGUCUGUUGUAACUGUUAACGCAUACAAGUAAUUACAAUGUGGUCUCAGUUAUGGAUAUAAGCAAUUUGCUAUGUGGGGAAAUAAAAUGAUAAGUAUUUCCUGUUUCCUAUUA